GGCAUCGCCUGGUUCUCUGCCCGUGAUAAAGCCGAGCAAAGCCAGCAGCGUAUCAUCUAAAUUAGCUUGCCCAGCUAACUUUACAGCUGAAUGUCAGCCAAUUGGCUAGCUAGCUAAUUAGCAAAUGCGAAUUAAGCAAAUGUCUUUUCCCACAAGAAGCAAAAUAACUUAAAUAGCCUACUUGCUAGAUACCGUUAGCUACCUAGACUACCUGUGUCCAUGUCGGACCGAUCAGUAGCUAUCAUUUAGCUAGCCGUCUAAGCCGCAUACGAAGUUAGCCUAUGUGAGCCGAGAGGGCUUGUCCUAGCUAUAGAACUAGCCAGGUUGCUCAGCAACGUUAGCUAAAUAGUGCGGUAUUUAGUGUGUUACUUUGUUUGCGCUGCACUUGAGGUCAGUCAGUAUUAUACUUUCCGAACAUUAAUGUUGGUAGCCAAAGAAGCAAUGGUAGACGCCAGCAGCGUGCGACAACCGUUCGUGCAUUGGCAGCACAGACAUUACGGUAGUUCUGAGUUAUGAAGUUUGCUUGCUGUCUAACUAGUGCUCUCCACUUGGAUACUUCUUAGCUAACUGCAGCACAGUUCUGUAUAAACAUAACGUUAGCUACAGCAGUCGCAGAUCCAGUUAUGCUGAUGGUGCGUGCGAUCACGGGAACGAACUAAUCAAUAGUGGGGACUAACGUGAACGGUGUAGUCCCGACGAGCCAAAGAUACGAUGUCGACAGCUGAAAUUUUGCUGUACUCAUUAUCUAGUAAUAUAUCUAACUAGCUUUUGGUCACUUUAGCUGUACACGGGUCAUGUAGUUGCUGCUGUAAAAUUAGAGAAAAAAGACUAAGGUUACUAGAAAAAAGUAGUAAGUUAGCUACUAUAUAUGUAUUCCGCUGGCUCUAUUUAAUGUUACCUUGUGAGCAAUCACAUGGUUGAAUCUUAUUUGUAACUGGCUGGGGGCCUUGACCAGGGAAUAAAAAUGAGUUACACUAGACACUACACGAAAUACUGAAUAAAAUAAAAGUCAAUAACGAAUGAGCAAAGGAAGUGAUUUUACAACGUAGUGAACAGUAGGUCUACACAGUGCAUACAGACAUACAUGUGUAUGGCAGUACAAUGGUCCUUUCUCACCGGGCAAGGGUUAAAUAGCCCUCCUUCCAAACUGGAGGAGAUCCAGAUAGUCGUCACUUGGGACAGACUGUACAUGGAAAGCCUGACUGACGCACCCCCUAAAUAUUGCCCCACAAUGUGCCUUUCUUCAGACCCAGUUGUUAAACACUUUUUUUCCUAUUGCAGUAAACGCGCUGAGCACUGCAUACGUUUAAGCAAAGAUAUAGUGUCUGCACUGGGGAUUUCACAAUUUCAGUGUGUUUUGAUAGAUGUGUGUGUGUGUGUGUGUGUGUGUGUACUAUUUUUUAUAUUCUGACCGGAGCAAUGUUCUCCAGUGGUUGCACUGAAUGCCAUAGGCCGUGGUGUUGUUUGCUGGUUUUAAACGCCCCUUUGGACUUGCGGUUAAUCAGUAGUAAUCCUCCCUGUGCAGAGAGUUUACUGCCGGGUAUUAUUCAACCUUAGUCAUACCUAGAAUUCCAUUUCUUUGCUGCCGCCUGAAAGGAAAAGUUCCUAUCAGUCUUUGAUGCUUUGAGUGGCGGUCGCGUGCGGUUGGGAGGUGGGAAGAUGCCGGCCGUCCAGCUGGCCGCGAGGAAGAGAAGAAAGGGUAGGCUAAAUAACGGCUCACUGCUGGUUUCAGCGGUGGAACCGCCUGUCCCAAGUCUGAAAGUGGGAGAGAGGCGUUUCCGCGGCUCCCCGUCCCAUGUUGGUAGCGCCAGGCUCUGCACAGUCGGGCCAGAAUGAGUGGAUGACAUCACUGCGCAUCUCGGCGGGGGGCCUUCCGGUGCUUUCCUCCAUGACCAGCGGCAUGGACUCGCGCGUCCGCCUCCGCUGGCGCGCCAUCGUGGCCGCCGCCGCCGCCCUGUCCGUCUUCCUCCUGCUCUACCUGCACUGGACUUCGGCCAACGCCGGGCCCCGCCCGCCCAACGGCAACGGCCUCGGCGGGCGGGCGGGCUGGGGGGAGGCGGGGCCGGAGGGAGGGGCGCGCUACAACGACACGUACCCCCUGUCGCCGCCCGUGCGCACGGCGCAGGGCGUCCGCUACCGCAUCGGCGUGAUCGCCGACCUGGACACGGCAUCGCACGACCCCAAGGGCCACACCUGGUUCAGCUACCUGCGGCGAGGACACCUGCUGGUGUCGGAGAGCGGCGACCAGGUGUCGGUGGGGUGGGACCCGGAGAGGACGGUGCUGGAGAGCCACCUGGCGGAAAAGGGGCGGGGCAUGGAGCUGUCGGAGCUGGUGGCCUUCAACGGGCACCUGUACAGCGUGGACGACCGCACGGGCGUGGUCUACCGCAUAGAGGGCAGCAAGGCCGUACCCUGGGUCAUCCUGCCCGACGGAGAUGGCUCCGUCUCCAAAGGGUUCAAAGCGGAGUGGCUGGCGGUGAAGGACGAGCACCUGUACGUGGGCGGGCUCGGGAAGGAGUGGACCACCACCACGGGGGAGUUCGUCAACGACAACCCGGAGUGGGUGAAGGUGGUGGGUUUCCGUGGCGACGUGAGGCACGAGAACUGGGUGCCGCAGUACACCUCCCUGCGAGACGCGGCCGGGAUCGAGCCCCCCGGUUAUCUGAUCCACGAGUCGGCCGCCUGGAGUGACACUCUGCAGCGCUGGUUCUUCCUCCCGCGCCGCGCCAGCUCCGAGCGCUACGACGAGACGGCGGACGAGCGCCGCGGCACCAACCUGGUGCUCAGCUGCUCGCCCAGCUUCCGCGACAUCACCGCCAGCCGGGUCGGCCCGCUGGACCCCACCCACGGCUUCUCCUCCUUCAAGUUCGUCCCCGACACCGACGACCAGAUCGUCCUGGCCCUCAAGUCCGAGGAGGACGCGGGCAGGAUCGCCACCUACAUCCUGGCCUUCACGCUGGACGGGCGCGUCCUCCUCCCCGAGACCAAGAUCGGGGACGUCAAGUACGAGGGGCUGGAGUUCAUCUAGAGGGACGGGGGACGGCUGUCUCCGGGGCGCCAUCUUCAGUCUCGUUUUGCUUCCACGGCGUGACACCAUCUUGUGACAUCACCCCCCCCCCCCCCCCGCAGCCUGCUCUCUGUGAGGAGGGGAGAUGGCUCCACCCCUCUCAACCCCCCAGUCUACAGUUGUCCUCUUGCACAGCCGGGUUCUGCGGUCUCUCAUUGCACUGUUUAAAAAAAAUAAUUUAAAAAACUCUCUGCUGACGAAUGUAAAAAGAACAAAACAUAAUGAAUAACUGGCCAGCCAGUCUGAAGGAAGUACUGUGCCUCCAAACUAACACACUGAACACCAGUCAGAUGGACCCAUAAAACUAUCAUGUACUGUACUUUCAGAAACUACGAAUAGACUAUCAAUUGCUAGCUGUUUCUGUGUCAUUUAAUGUUGUUUUUAUUUUAUUUUAUUCAUACCAGAUACAUCUCCUCAUGAUUUAAAUGUGAAGUGUUUUUGGGUUUGGUGGUUUAUUUUCCAGUAAAAAAUUAUUUGUAAAAAGUU